CAGUGUGAUGUGAUGGCUAUGGUUUGUGAAGCGAACUUUAUGAGUGACUUCGUACAAUGUCACUUUUCUCUGUUUAAUUAUAAUUAAUCGUCUGUGAGUUACGUUCGUAUUAAAUAAAUCCGUUAGAUGAAAGCAAACGCUUGUUGAUCGCUAUUGAUUUUUUGUCCGGUUCUCGCAGCAGUACCUGCAGUAUUUCGUCCAUAACGCCACCGAUUAAAUAGUUACAGUAUUGUUGAAACUAUAAAGUGACAUCGAUUUUAUUAUAGCCUGUGAUGUUUUGUAAAUACGAAAGAUUAUGGCUCGAACUGUCAAACGCAAUUCAACGGUAAGAUGACAUCGGAUCAUCUCUGUAAUUUCCAGCGAAUAAGCAGUUUGUUAUGAUGCUCACCGGCUAUAGGAAAUGUGCGUUGUGUUUGUAUUUGGGAGAUUGCACAAAGAGACUUCCGCACGGUUGGGGCUAUGCACCUUAUUUAGAAGGGCUCUUAACGUUAUUUUUACUUUGAUGUGAAUGUAAUUUAGAACGUAGUGUAAGUAUUCCCGCAAAGUUUAGGCAGUUCUUGUUGUAUUGCCCCAGAAGCUGUCACUGAACUGAGGAACAGAAAAUAAGUCCAGACGAAUUUUUGGAUUAGACCGGAACAGAUAAAAGGUUAUGAAAAAUGAAAUAGUAAUGCCAGCAUCCCCCACGAAAAUUAUGCCAGAAUGUUGCUUGAGAAUGACUCAGUUGAAGCUUGUAGCAGCAGUAGCUUUCACGCGUUGUAUUAUAUGGAAUUUCAAUCACGACGCACCGGACGCCGGAACUGCUGAGGGACUUUGUGCCCGUAGAACUCCUCCGUAAGAGUGUUGAAGAAUACAGAGAAGAACUGGGCCUCUCAUCAGAUGAAGUCUAUAAAUUAUAUAUUGUGCAAGAGAGGGAAAGAUUAAAUAAGCUGGAGAUAUGCAGAGCAAUUCGAAACUCAUUGUUAAUGUGUUCCAAUAGGGGCCAAAUGAAAGAGAACUAUCCUCCUUUUGAUGUAUCGUCUGACAUCUCAAGGAUUCCAGAAGGAUCUCCGAAGGAAGUGCAGCUGAACAAAGAAACCAAUUCAAAAGCAAGAAAACAAGCUUCAGAAGUACGACACAACAAGAAACAGAGUAACAAAAUUAAGAGUGUGCAGUCAAAAACUCACAGUUAUCAGAAUCAUAUUAAACAUAGAGUUUCUCAUGGAGUAACAACUUCUGCAGAAGAUAGAUAUGGAAGCUCAGCUGCAACAUCAACUGCACCUUCACCAACUGUAUCUGUAAGAAAGAGGCAUACUUACUUGACUGCUGGCGGCCUUUGUGGCAAUCAUUUGUCCAGAUAUGUAGUGACAAAUGACAGGUCAGGGCCAGAAAUAUACGAGCCUUCUACAACUGAAACUUCAGCAUCUUCCAUAUCUAGUGGAGAUUCACCAACGGUUUCUGGGAAAAGAACAAAACAUUGUGGAAGUAAUAGACAUAGAAGUCCAUGUGGAAAGACAAAACAGAAAUUAUGCUGGCCUGUACCAUCUCCUUAUUCUGAUAAAGAACAAACAAAAUCCUUAUCUCAGAUAUGGAAUUCUGAGGAUAAAAACCAAGGUCUGUGCUGUAAACUUAGAUCCAGCUAUGAUUCCAACAACAACAGUAGUGGAGACACAAACAUUUCAACAUUAGCAUGCUACUCUAACCCAUGGAAGAUUGAUAGUUUCAGCUCUGAAAAUCUUCACAUACCUGAACACGAUCGACGGAUCCUGAUGUCAAUGGCAUUCAAGAAAGAAAUGGAACGUGCGAGCGAUCAAUUUGCUCACCAAGCACAUUUGCUGUGGGAACGUGAUCGAGAAGAAAGAGAGCAGUAUACAAAUGAGCAAGCUCAGUUCCAGAAAGAGUUAUUGGCUGAAAAACGGCGCAUUGAAAGUGCUGAAAAUGCUAGAAAGUUGGAAGAAACAAAGCUCAGUCUUCGCAAAUCACAAUUACGGCUUGAGAGGAGCAUAAUGGAAAAAGAAGAGAGGGCAGCCAUGCGAAAGAAAAUCGCUGAAGAAAGAAAGAUGAGUGGAAUAAGUGAAAGAAGUUUAAGUGCUGCAAGACACCGUUCUGAGAUUGAGGCUGCACAUCGACAGAUGGAAACUGAAAUGCUCAUUUGGCAGCAAACACUUGACCAGAAACAGAAGGAAAGGUUGCAGAAAGCUGAAGACACUAGGCUGCAUCAUCGUGAGACUUAUCGUAGGAGAGUGGCAAGUGCAAAUAGAGUUGAGGAACUGCGGCACCAGGAGAGGUGGCAACAAGUGCGUGAAGAAACAGAAGCUGCUUUGAGAGAAUUACGCCAGCACUGUCGUGCACGUGAACAGAGAGCUCAAGAGAAAUAUGAUAAGAUGUUACAAGAAAGAGAUCGUCAGAUAAAAGGACAGAGUUUAGAAAGAGCUAUAAAAUUCCAACAAGUUCGCCAGUUGCACGAUGACUUGGAACGUGGAUUUGAAAAGUGGCAGAAACAAGUGAAGACACUGCAGUGUGAAGCAACUCAAAAGGCUGAACACAGGGCAACAAGACAAGUUGAGAGCAAGAGACAGCGGGUUGAAACAGAGAAUCGUGCUAGGCAGCGCCAUCACACACGACUCAUGGAAAGAAUUAACCGUGAGGAUGAAGCAAGAAUACAGUACAUACGUGAAGUAAUAGCCCGAAAGGAAGCAAAAAUGAAACAGAUGGCUGAGGAACGUGAUCUGGCUAUCAGAGAAUCCAGGCGUCAGGCUCAGGCUACAGCAGAUUUAAGGGAGCAUUUACGGUGUACAUUGUCUCCAGAAACAUUUGACAGGAAAGUAGCUCGAGUAACACUGGAAGCUCGUGUGACUGCCAGACCACCAACAGCCAGUCCACCUCUCACACGCUCACAUAUAUUCCUUGGAUGAUAUUUGUUGUGUAGUUUUAUUGAUCUGUUGUCAAAUUGCAACCAGAGCUUUUUACAUGCUGUAUGCAAAUGGCUUAAUUAAAAUGUGCUACAUUUACAUGAAA